AUGGCCUGCGUGACCGACGAGAGUGGGUCGCGCUGCCCAGAAUGCUAUCGGAGCGUUUGUCUUGAGGGAGGAAGAGGCCGAGGAGGAGGAGGAGCCCGGGUUUUCGACUCCGAGUCCGCCGCGUACAGGUUGGAGAAGGUUUUUCCGGUGUACGCAUUGGGGAUUCAGAAACCCGAGUCCGACCCGGUUGUUGUGGCUGACAGUUCGGACGACCCGAUUUGGGACGCUGUCAGGGAAGAGGCCAAGUUGGAGGCAGAGAAGGAGCCAAUUUUGAGUAGCUUCUUGUAUGCGAGCAUCUUGGCGCAUGAUUGUUUAGAGCAGGCGUUGGGGUUUGUUCUUGCAAACAGGUUGCAGAACCCGACACUUCUGGCUACUCAGCUGAUGGAUAUAUUCACUAAUGUAAUGAUGCAUGACAGAGACAUUCAGCGAUCUGCUCGGCUAGACGUGCAGGCGUUUAAAGAACGCGAUCCAGCUUGUUUGUCUUACUGUUCGGCUCUAUUGUAUCUCAAGGGUUACCAUGCUCUGCAAGUAUAUCGAGUAGCUCAUUCACUGUGGAGUCAAGGACGCAAAGUGUUUGGAGUGGACAUUCACCCUGCUUCAAAAAUUGGAGAGGGAGUAUUGUUGGAUCAUGGUACGGGUGUGGUUAUUGGGGAAACUGCUGUUAUAGGAAACAGAGUUUCAUUGAUGCAGGGUGUAACUUUGGGAGGAACUGGGAAAGAAAUUGGUGACCGUCAUCCAAAAAUAGGUGAAGGUGCACUAAUAGGAGCCAGUGCAACUAUACUUGGGAAUAUAAAAAUAGGUCAAGGAGCCAUGAUAGCUGCUUGUUCCCUUGUGCUUAAAGAUGUCCCUCCACACAGCAUGGUGGCAGGAAUACCAGCAAAAGUGAUUGGAUAUGUAGACGAAAAAGAUCCUUCAUUAACCAUGAAGCAUGAUGCUACCAAAGAAUUUUUUGAAAAUGUAGCUGUUAAGUUCAGAGAUGCAAGGUCUGCUGGUUAG